CCACCCACCUGACUCCUGAGACCCUCAGCAGUGGAUUUCCCACUCUCUUUUUCGAAAUCUGUGCUGUGUGUUUCUAUCUUUAUGGUAUAGAUCAACUAGCUCUGUCCAAGAGGAAUAUGAUGCUGCAUAUAUAAGUUAAAUACUUCUAGGAGCCACGUUGAAAAAGUAAAAAGAAAUAAGUGAAACCGAUUCAUAUAUUUUAUUCAGCCUCACAUUUCUAAUGUAUUUGCACGUGUAAUCAACAUAAAAGCUAUUAAUGGGAUAUUUUGCUCUUUUUUUUUUUUUUUUUUUUCCCAUACUAACUUUUGCAGCCUGGUGUGUGUUCUCCGUUUACAGCACGGGUCAGUCGGGACUGGCCACCGCUCAGGCAGCCACAGCCACGGUGGCUGGGGUCCCGCUGCAGUGGCCAGUGCAGACCUGGGUUCAGGCUCUUCAGCCCCCCCAGCUGGGUGACCUGGGGGGUGUCACCUGAGCCUUCUGGGUUAUGACCACCUCCUGGGUGCCUCCCAGGUUGCCGGAGUGAAUGAGUGUUUUCACGCACCCUUAGGAGAGCCGCACAGAUGCCAGCCUCUUUCCCUUUCUCGCCUCUGUGCAAGCUGUGCCCCCGGCCACCUUGUCCUUCCCGUGUCUCUUUGUUUCGGUCAGUCCCUUUCAGGCCCCUUUGAGGACCCCUCCCUCCUCCACCAGGCCGGGUCUCCAUCCUGGGAACAAGUAGCAUUCCCAGCCAAUUACGGCCUCCCCUCCUCCCCUUGAGAACCCCCUGAGGGCACAGGCAGCAGGUGAGGAGGGCCAGGCCCAGCUCUGGCGCUUAUCAGGGGGGUGGAAGGGAAGGAGCCCAGGGCUACCCCUGCACACAUCUCCUCGUGUGGAUGGGGAUGCUGGAGGCCAGAGAGCACAGGUGCUCACCCAAGCUCCCGCAGCCGAGAGGAGCGGGACCAGGACCCCCCAGGACACUGCUGUCUCCGUGCAGGCAGGGGUGCCUGGCCCUGUUGCUGGCCAGGGCACGAGGCCUCUGAGCAGAGGCUGCUACAGCUUCCCCCGCUCCCAUGGCUGGAGCCCAGUCAUGGCUGCCAGCUCAGGGGAAAGGUGAGGGCUCGGGCACCGUCUCCUCCGAUCUGCUUCCUGGUGCCGGAGCUCCAUCGGCCCCCGGGCCCCCACUCUUCCAUCUGUGAAAUGGGAGCAGGACGGAGGCUGGAGCCAGGCCCAGCAGGAAGAAAAUGGAGAAUGGCUGUUGGGAGCUGAGACCCCUCCCCAGCUUCUCUGGGGCACCUGUGCCUUCCUGAGCUCUUUCCCUUUGAUCCAGCUGGUGGCACUGGGCGGGGCAGAGCCCGGUGAGGAGAGGCAGAGCCCUGCCCUGGGGGAGCCCUUUUCUGCCAAAGAAGCCGAGACCAGUAUCCAUGGCAACUGCUCACUAACACAAAGCCGGGGAGAGCAGAGCACAGGGACCGGGUGGGAACACAGGCCCGGCAGGCCUGGGGGUUCCCCGCAUACCUGAGCUGGCUGCAGGAGGGGGCUGCCUGCCUGGGGCUCUUGGCUCUUCUGGUGUCCGCCUGGUUGAGUCUGUCCGCCCAGGGCCUGUCACAGGGUCACCUGGGUGGGUGGAGGCCACGUCAAGCUCCCAGCUCUGUGGCUACCUUGGUGGAUGCGGAUGGCCAACAGCAGCCCUGCCCCGCCCCCUCCAGUGGCCUUGUCCCCUUGGGUGGCCCUGCCCUGGCCACUGCAGUGUCAGCACCACUUCGGUCCUGCCGGGUGGGCGGGGCGUCCAGGGCCGCCUUCCAAGGUGGCUGUCUGGCAGGUCAGCGCCCAGGUGAGAGGCCCGACCGGCCUGGAGAGCCAGCGCCCUAAUGACAAACCACCGGCUGCCCGUCUCUGCAGGCGUCCUUCUGGACAUCCAGCAGCAGUUUGGGGUCAAGGACCGAGGCGCCGGCUUGCUGCAGUCAGUGUUCAUCUGCAGUUUCAUGGUGGCCGCCCCCAUCUUCGGCUAUCUGGGUGACCGCUUCAACAGGAAAGUGAUCCUCAGCUGCGGUGUCUUCUUCUGGUCGGCGGUCACCUUCUCCAGCUCCUUCAUCCCCCGGCAGCACUUCUGGCUGCUGGUCCUGUCACGGGGGCUGGUGGGCAUCGGCGAGGCCAGCUACUCCACCAUCGCGCCCACCAUCAUCGGCGACCUCUUCACCAAGAACACGCGCACGCUCAUGCUGUCCGUCUUCUACUUUGCCAUCCCGCUGGGCAGCGGCCUGGGCUACAUCACGGGCUCCAGCGUGAAGCAGGCGGCUGGAGACUGGCGCUGGGCCUUGCGGGUGUCCCCCAUCGUGGGCAUGAUCACAGGAACACUCAUCCUGAUCCUGGUCCCGGCCACCAAGAGAGGCCACGCUGACCAGCUUGGGGGGCAGCUCAAGGUGCGGACCUCGUGGCUCCGAGACAUGAAGGCCCUGAUCCGCAACCGCAGCUACGUCUUCUCCUCCCUGGCCACGUCGGCCGUGUCCUUCGCCACAGGGGCCCUGGGCAUGUGGAUCCCGCUGUACUUGCACCGAGCUCAGGUCGUGCAGAAGACGGCAGACACGUGCAGCAGCCCGCCGUGCGGGGCCAAAGACAGCCUCAUCUUCGGGGCCAUCACCUGCUUCACUGGCUUCCUGGGUGUCGUCACGGGGGCGGGAGCCACGCGAUGGUGCCGCCUGCGGACCCAGAGGGCCGACCCCCUGGUGUGUGCCGUGGGCAUGCUGGGCUCCGCCAUCUUUGUCUGCCUCAUCUUCGUGGCUGCCAAGAGCAGCAUCGUGGGUGCCUACGUCUGCAUCUUUGUUGGGGAGACGCUGCUGUUCUCUAACUGGGCCAUCACCGCGGACAUCCUCAUGUACGUGGUCAUCCCCACGAGACGGGCCACGGCUGUGGCCCUGCAGAGCUUCACGUCGCACCUGCUGGGGGACGCCGGGAGCCCCUACCUCAUUGGCUUUAUCUCCGACCUGAUCCGCCAGAGCACCAAGGACUCCCCGCUCUGGGAGUUCCUGAGCCUGGGCUACGCCCUCAUGCUCUGCCCCUUCGUGGUGGUCCUGGGCGGCAUGUUCUUCCUGGCCACGGCCCUCUUCUUCCUGGGCGACCGCGCCAAGGCCGAGCAGCAGGCUCUCCCACCUUCCCCUGGGGCUGACGAGGUCCCUGCCCGGCACGUCCGGCCAGCCGGCCCCCGAGAUGCGAUGCGCCAGAGCAGUGCCCGGGCCCGGCCGCAGCUGAUCCGCCACCUUGACCCCCGCCCGUCUCUCCCCCAGGGUGAACCAGCUGGUGAUGCCACCCGCACCCGUCAAAGUCUGAGGCCGUGCCCCCAGGAUGGCGAAGAGACCGUGCCGUCGCCCUAUCUGGGAGGCGUCCCAGGGCAUCCCGGCCCUGCCGGGCUGACGCGAAGCUUUCUAUGUGACCCGAGGCUGGGCACCCACCCUCUCUGGUGCGGGCCUGCCGAGUGGCCGUGGCACCAAGAGGCCGCGUCCUCAACUGACGUGGAAGGCUGCGUGUGGGGGAGCCGCACGGACGGACAGACUCCCAGCCGCUGGGGCCCAGGGAGGACGCAGCCCCCAGCGCGUGUGUGGGGAGAGCCUGGGGCGUCACCACCUUACAUGGUCCUGGGCGGCUGGACUUUCCCACGGGACAGCUUUGGAGACCCUGGACUGCACAGAGAAGGGGCGGCCCAGGCCUCGGGGCGGAGCUUCAGGCUCUGACCUCGGGGGUGCUGCUGGGCACUGGGCACGACCCUCCGGAGGACACUGGUCCCUGCCGCCGGGGCUGGCGCUCAGCCUGGCGGUCUCCUAGGUGAGGGCCACCCAGGCGGGGACCCGACCGCACACCCUGUGCCCACGGUGCCCAGGGCACCUCCACUCCCACCGCCCUCCCCCCCCCCCCCCCGCCACGUGCACUUGCACACCCCUGCCCCCGCUCCACACACGCUCCCCGCACACUGGCUGGAAUCAAAGUGGCGGGUAGGAGACCCCAAGAGCCAGCCUAGGCGACGCUUUGCCCCGUAGUUUCCGCCGGCGUGGCUUCAGUGUGUGCAAGCUAGCAGGCACCUGCUCCUCACCCAGCUCUGGGGUACCUGCGAGGGGGUGGGACCCCCCAAAGACCAGCCUGGCCGCCUCCCACCCCAGCCUCAACCGGGGCCCCAGCGAUGUUUUCUUGUUGUACAAGAACCAGGUCCAAGUUCGCCUCCUCUUCCUUCCGGAAGCCAAACUCCUCCUUUAUUUUUUAGAGCUGCUGAUUGUGAAUCUCAGAGUCUUAAGAGAAAAACCAAAUAUAUUCCUCUUGUAAAUGAAGGAAUAAACCUAUUUAAAUCAUG